AUGCCAUUUCAACAAGCACCAGAGCAACGGAGUCGACUAUCGCCGCUGCCUUUCGCCACGUGCUUCAAGCCUCUUCCAGCCUUAACUUCCAUGCCAUCCAACGCCGGGCCAACCGCUCCACCAGCUACAUUGACACGUGCCGUAGCCAGUCCGGCUCGUUCAGCGUCCGAGCAACCAGGAGCCACGGAUCCGAUUGAUACCGAGCCGACUCCCGUUGUCCCGACGGGCGACGCCAUGGUCUCAUUCCUUCGUACAUAUGGGUCCGUGCUUGAGCGUGCCAGCAGCGGCAAGGUCGGCAUCACUGGGGAUAGUUUGGCAGCUGCAGGGACAAUGGUGGUGGAUCGCGUUCACGUGGGGCUCUUGGCCAUGCUGGGACAUCCUGUGCAUGGCAUUGAAGCACAGGAGGAGUGGCGUCCCAGCGAGGCCAUGGUAGAAAGGUGUCUGCUGGAGCUGGAAAAAGACAUUGAUGGUUUCAGGGAUGCUCACGCUCAUCCUCCUCCACGAUCUCGUGUGCGCCUUGCUGCAAUCCACUGCUUUGACGCAGCUAGGUUGAUUCACAGCCUCUAA